AUGUGGGAGGGAGACAGAACUGUGUUGUGUUCACCAGACAGAGGAAAUGUGAAAGAUGCAGGAACUGGACCGUCAGUUUUAUGUGCUGAACGUUUUGAAAAGAAAGUAUCUUCCCCAAAGAAGGUCAGAAGAAAAAAGAUGCCAGACCAUACACCAAACACAAGUCCUGUGGUAGAUGCCUUUCGGAGAGGAAUUAAGGAGAAAAUGGACAGUGUAAACAUUUUGGAGAAUGGCAGAGCAUGGCUUCCCAUGAAAUUGCCCUGCACUCCAACUGACUCUGAAUUCAGGUUGUCACUGGAAGCUCUCCGCAGAGAAAGGAAGCGGAAGAAACAUAGGGUGAAACAAUCUAAGCCACAUCCUAGCCAGGCUGUUCCUUCACACUGCCUUACAUUUAAGAUGUCUUCUGGGCGAUCCAAACAAAUGGACUUUCCUGGGAAAAGAAAACGCACUGCCAUGAGUAUGGAUGCAGACAGUUCAAAUCAAUCUGAAUUAUCAAAUUCGGAUGACCCUGAGUUCAGUAGGUCAUCUACAAAAUGCAUAAAUAGGAGAUCUGACUUUGUAAAAAAUAUCCUUUUAAAGUCUACUUGUGGUGAUGUCCUGCAACUAAUGGAGGCUGCUGCUCUACCUAGACAUGAUUCUGCUCGUCCAGAGGAAUACCUCAACUCAAAUGAGUUAAAAGCUGGAAGGACCUGUACAGAGAAGUCCAAGUUGAAUGGAAAAGUAAAAAGCAGUUUUGAUAGUGAAGAUGAGAGUUUGGGAUGCAGUCUAGAUAAUGAUGACGAUGAUGAUGAAGAAGUAGUAUUCGUGCCGCUGGAAGAAAUUCUGUCUUUAAGUCCCAAGCCACAGGCAGGAACCCUGGAAGAAUCUUGUCUUGACAGUUUUUCUGAGGACACCGUGACUCCAUUACUGAAUCUUCAUCUUUCUAAGCCUCCUGUUGUUAGCCAGGUGUCGUAUGUGAACAGCUUAGAACAUCUCUUGAAGGAGAAAGAAGAAUCUAAAAGGGUAGAUGAACUAGAAAAGCGGUUACAGGAAGAUAUGCAAGGAGGGGAAACUGAUCCUUCAGAUGGAGAAGAUGAGGAGAAUGCCAGUGGAGAUGAAGAUCUCUUGGAAGAGCACAGGGCAUUUAUAAAGAGAUUUUCAGUAAUAGCUCAUGGCAUACCUGACUGCCACCCUGGAGAAGACAUAUUUGAUUUAUCAGCCUCUGGGAAAAUCUUUAAUCAGCAUAACCUUGACUUGAGGAAUUUUCAUUUCAUAGCUCAAAAUCCCAUAGAAAAGCUCCUUAUCAGUUCUGGUGUAACACAGCAGCUUUCUUUGGCCAUUAACGGUUUUCUGAGUUCUGCUUACAGUUGUCUCUUUUGUCCCAUACCAAUUCUCAAGUGGCUUUUCCAGAUGAUGUCUGUGCAUCCUGACUAUUGUGUUUCCACACAGAUUUUAGACAGAUUGAUGGAGAUAACACUAAAAAAUGCUUCCAUCAGUGAUGAACAGUCUAAACCAUGGAUUCCUUCACUAGCUGAUGUGUCAGCUGUUUUUGUCAAUAUGGGUGUUGCGUUUAGAUCUCUCUUUCCAUUGCAGCAUCUUCAGCCCAGCUUUAAAGAGUGUGAUAUUUUAAGUCAGAUGCAAGAAACAGUGAGUAAACAACAGUCAAGAGGAGACCUAACCUCUACCAGUCCAGCCUUCUCCAGUCUACCAGAAAACAAUUUAAUCAAUGUUGUAAAGUUUCUAGGUUUCUGUACAACGGUAAUUCAAGGUGGAUAUACUGAUCAAGAAAUACUGCUGCUGCUUCUAUUGCUAUUUAAAAUAAGCUUGGAGAAACAGUUAAAGCAAAUUCCUUUGAUAGAUUUUCAGUGCCUUUUCAUAAAGCUUCUGAUAAGUGUAAAAGACUGGGAUACAAAGAUGCCUGAGCUCUGCCUGGCGGUGAGUGAACUCUCCAGUCAUCACCAUAAUCUCCUGUGGCUGGUUCAGCUGGUCCCUAGCUGGAUAAUACGUGGACGGGAACUAAGAAGGCGUCUUAGCCUAGUGAUAAUUUCAAAGCUGCUUGAUAAAAAGCAUACAGGAAUACCUGACUGCAGUGACAAGCAGAUGUCUCUUCUGCAUCAGUAUCUGGUGGACAUGAAACCCUCUAAUCUGCUAAAGAGUAUGAGAGAAGGACAGGAGCAGCAGAAUGCCGAUGGAGACCACCUUCAUACAGAACUGGAACUGGAGGCAUACUACCUAAUCUACACCCUCCUUCAUCUUGUCAGUGAAGCUAGUUUCUUCGAUGUUAUAAAUUCUAAUCAGAGGCAACACUUACUGAAGCUUUGUGGUGCCUUAGAUAAGCACAUAAAAUGUGAUAUUAGGGAAGAUGCAAGGCUGUUUUAUCGAACUAAGGUAAAAGACUUAGUUGCUAGGAUAUAUGGCAAAUGGCAAGACAUGAUACAAACCACUCGGCCUACUCAGGGAAAACUGCAUGACUUCUGGGAGCCAGAUUCAUGA